GUCUCCUAGUAUGUCUAUGAAAACAUGCACUGUUUCCAUUUGUGUCUUUGUAUUUAAGCAGCAGUAUUAUUUGAGCACUUUUAUUUGUGAAGUUAUGUAGUGAUGUAUUUUCAUACUAGAUAUAAAUUAAAAACAGUAUAUAUCAAAAGUUCUUAAAUAUGUUGCAUCAGCCACUACCAUCUACUACUGCAUCUAAUUCUCCAGCCAAUAAAACAUUUGAAUUACUGAAAGAACGUCUAGAACAGGCUGAAUCUGAAGCACAAAAACUCUCAAGCCAACUAGUUUCUUAUGGAUUUAAAACAUCGCCUGCAAAAAACAACAACAAAGACUCAACUGGAUCACAAUCAGUUUCUGAUAACAGGAUGAUCUCUCGUGUGUGUAAAAUGGAAAGUGUAUUGGAGAGCCUCAGAUCAGGAAUAAACAGUUUGGAAGCAGACAAGUCAGAAACACCAUCGCAGUUACUGCUAGAGAAAAAUCAAAUACAAGAAACUUACAGUUUAAAAAUACAAGAACUUCAAGAGGAGGUUGAUAAGCAGAAAGCAGUUAUAAAAUGUCAUAUUGAUGCAAAGUUGUUGCUGGAAAAGCAAAUCGCAAAACUGAAAAAAGCAUCUGUAAAACGAACUGAAACACAAAAGGCCCUUCUUACCAAGCUAAAAGAGAAAGAUAAUGAGUUGGCUUCUUUACAAAAUGAGUUAAAUCAGAUAAAAAAGAAUGUGUCUAAGGAGGUAGAAUCAAGGAAACGAAUUGAGGACAGUCAUUCUUUGCUACAUUUAAAAAUAUCUGAAAUGGAAGCAACAGUGGAAGCAGAGCGUAUGAAUGUGUCAAAAGUAAAUGCACAAUGUGAAUCGCUGACCAAUGAUGCUAUGUUAGCUCGUAAAGAGUUUGAAAGGGAGUACACAAGGCGUCUUGAUCUAGAGAAUAUUUUAGAAGUUCAAUCCAAUAACAUUGAAUGUAUAAAAGAGGAAAUUAACAUAAAAUCUGGGGAAUAUAAUCAGGUGAAGAAACAGUGUCAGGAUCUUGAAAGUCAGUGUCAACAAUUCAAACGAAAGUGUGAAAAACUGCAGAAAGCAUUAGAAGCCUCUUCUUCAGAGAAUCAGGAGCUUAAAGAACUUUUAAAAGUUGCCUCUGUUGAUAAUCAAGCUCUUGUUAUUCAAAGCAAAGAAGUACUGCUUCGGGAGCAGGCAAAAGUAAAGAACAUUGUUGCACAGCAAAAUAAAUUGCUUGAUUCCACCAAAGCAUCAAUGUUGCAAGAGUUGAAAAACCAACACAAGAAUACUGAAAGGACGGAAUCUGAAAAUCUGCUAUUGAAGCGAAAAAUAGUUGAAUAUGAAAGUAAACACGACGAAAGUGAUUUCAAGUUAAAAAUGCUGGAACAAAAUUAUACCAUAGAAAUUUCAAGGUUGGAAGCUGCUUUGUUGUCUUCUCAAAACAAGAAUGAUGAAUUAAGAAAGCAGCUGGAAGCAAUUGAGAAAGAAGGUGUUUUAAAGAACAACAACUUGCAAAACGACAAGUUACAUGCAAUGCAAAGAGUUCAGGAGUUGGAAGAGGAACUGAAACAGGUGCAACUCUUUGGCCAAAGAAUGAAACAUGAGAAGAAUGAACUGAUGGAUAAAUUAUCGUGGAUAAGCAUGAGCCAGCAGUCACAAAACGAUCUUGAGAAAAAAAUGGUUGAAAUGGUGAAAGAAAAAAAUUCCUUGGCAUAUGAAAAGGGCAUUUUGUCCUCCAAAGUCAAAACCCUUGAAGUAGAUAACAAGACCAAAAAGGAAAUUGAGGUAGAAUAUGAAAACUUGAUGUUAAAGUACAAAGAUUUGAAUACACAGUUUAAAAGAUCCCAAAAGAGUGAAGAUAAAUUGAACAUAGAAAUUGAAGAAAAAGUGAAUGCAUUGCAAGCUAUCACGACAGAACAUAACUUGUGUAAAAACAUGCUCAAAAAGACAGAGAAGCAUUUAUCACAAGUUAUAUCUGCACGUGACGAAGCACUUAACGAAACAGAAAAAUUAGUGCGACAUGUCAAAGAUAUAACUACCCAGUAUGAUGAGCAAGUUUCGUGUUUACAGUCUCGAUUACUGGAAAAUGAAAAACAGCGCAGUAAUAUUGGGGGGACAUUUGAAACUUUGAUGUCGACAAAUGAUCAACUGCAAAAACAGUUGCAGCUCGUUCAAGAAAAUUUGGGCAAAAAAGAUGCACAACUUGAGACUCUGAAAGACACAAGAAAUGUGAGUAAAGACGUGAUCUCUCAACUACAAGCUGAAUUGGUUUCAUUGACAAACAAGUUAAACUUGAUGGAAAAAGAAAACAAUGAAGAGAUUGUUAAAAUAAAGGAACGUCUUUACAGUGAAAAGAAAGAGAAAACGAACUAUCAAAAUAUGUUACAAGAAAAGGAAGAAGAACAGAAACAUUUAAAAGAGAAAGUUAUGAAGCUGAAAUUAGAACUUAAGAAAAAAGAUACAGACAUAAAAACCUGCAUUGCAGCAAAGAACAACAAUAUUGAGACUGCAAAUGAGAAGAAAGAGAUCGAAGUAGCAAAAUUAAAAACUCAACAUAAAAAAGAAAUAAAUAAGGUUAUGUCCGAUGGGUUAAUAAAUCUAGAAAAUGAUAAGUCAUUGUAUAUGGAAAAAAAUAAAGAGCAGGCGGAAUUAUUGAGCAAAUUUAUGUCUGAAAUAGCAGAUCUCCAAAAUGAACUCACUACAAUGGCAGAAUCUCAAAAUGGUACUUCAUUUAACUUAAGAGUACACGAAACCAAGAGUGAAAGAAAAAAAAGGCAAAAGAUAGAGAUUAAACACAAGGAUGAUAUGAAUUCUCUUCGGAAGCAUUCUCACUCUAACACUGUUGAUAAAUUGUUAAUGGAAGAAAAAAAGCAAACACAAGAUCUAAUCAGAAAAUGUAAAAACACAAUGGAGAAUGAUGAAAGAAAGCUUGAUAAAUUAUCAAAGCAGUUGGAAGAUUUGCACAGAAGAACAUGAGAGCAUAAAAUAUACAGUAAUUUACUUUGAGCAGUUAAAUUUGUCUUGAUUAUUUGCUGUCAAAUUAGUUGAUGCUGAAUUACUAAUUAGAAUCUUUGCACAUGACCUUCCAGAAAGAAGUACAAGUUGUUUAGAGAUAUUUUUAAAGUGUGUAUUAGUGUGUGGAAACCGUCUUGUACUAGUUUUUGACACAAUUAACCAGGGUCAGAUAUAGGGAAUCAGCUUUUAUAGGUGAUGGAAAGGCAUUAAUUUCAAAUCUAAAAUAUUGUGACUAAUCUGUUGAAAAAUCUAGGGCAUGCCCUGACAGUUUGGUUAUAAAACAUAGCAUACCCAUUGAUUUCUGUAAAGUGCAAAAAAAGAAGGUGGAUUAUUAUUAUGUAGUUUUACUAUCACAUGUCUAAUUACGGCAAUCCUGUAUUAGGACAUAUUAAUCUAUUUAAUUGAGUUUCUGUCUUGACAAAAAGCCAGCAACGCCAUUCUUACCAAAAACUGUAACAUCAGCAUGGUUAUGUCAAGUUUAGGCCGUUUAAUAGACUAUAAACACGCCAAGAUAAAUGGAAAAAAAGUAUAUUAUUUUAUUAUUCUGCUAAAUAAGGUCAUCAGAUUUUCUACCUUUAUACCUUAAGCAGAAAUUGUCACUGGCAAAAUUCUGAUUUAAAAACUUCUCAUUAUGCCAUUUUUAUUGUUUAUGUUGGCAACAAGACUUAUUUUUUGUUAUUUGUUUUUUUGAAGAAAGCGUGAUGAAAAAAGUGAGUUUAAGAAAGUGUGCCCUACAUUGAUAUGAUCAAGGUGGCGAAAUUUGGAGCCUUCCCUCUUAUGCUUUAAAACAUUAGCUCUUAAAAACUAAAAACUUUACUUGUGCAUUGUCAAUAGUAAUUAUACAAACUGAUAUCUUUCCCCUGCUUUUGCUUUAGUGAAGUGAACUGAAAAUCACAAAAUUAUGAAAAAAUUGUACCUAUUGGUAACCUUUUGUUCCAACUUUAUCAUAUUCCACUACUUUAAAACUACUGUCAGCUCAGGAUAAAAGUUAUGUUACAGAGAAGUGCUUGUAUUUUGUCUUUCCCUUUAAGCCAUAAAACAGAUGUGUAACGAUUCAGUUGUAGCUUGUAAUUCUAUUUAUCCACCUGCUACCAAAUCAUAUAUCAAUCAUAUACCAAAAACUAACUUCUCGUGUUGUGCGAAAACUUCAAGUUCAUGUGGAGACAAAUGUUAAUCUGACCAACUCAAUAAUAGAUAGAUAGAUAUAUUUAGCCUAUAAUAAAAAGUCACAUAUGCGAUAAUUGUCCACAAUAAAAUGGUAAAAGGCAUUGAGCCUUAUCACAAAGCCCCUAGUUGUUGAGUAUUAUCUGCUAAUAAAUCUGCUAAAAUAUUUGCGUACGUUAAUGUUACUGUCACAAAUUGCUGACUUAGAAACAUUUCUAACAUUUUCAUAUCCUUUGUGAAAAAUGAGUUCCACAGCUGGGGUCCUCUAUGUUGGAUUGAAAAAGAACUAGACUAUAAAAUAGUUUUUGUAAUGGUAAAGUUACUCCUGGCUUACAUAGUACUAUAUAUAUAUAUGUUGAACAGAUGAAAAUUGUUUAGAAAAGAUAUUUGGCAGUAGUCUAUGUUUACUUUUGAUCAUGAACAACAACACUUGAUGGAUGUUUAAUUCAAAUAUAUUCAGUACUUCAAUCUUGCGAAGCAGUGGUUCGGUAGAGCUAUAUCUGUCUACACCAAAAAUUAUUCUACAUGCAUGUUUUUGUUUACGGUAUAAUUUCUGUAAUUUCCUGCUAUUAGUGCUUGCCCAUGCGAUAUUACAAUACGUUAGGUAGCUAUGUAUGAAGUGCAACCCUCGUGGACAGGGAUUAACGCACACUAAACGUGCAGUAAGUAAAAGUAAAUAUGAAAGAAAAAGAUAAAUUGCGUAAACAAUGGAGGUUUAGAUAUGGUUUAGCUUUAUAAAUGAACCCAAUAUUUUUUGCUACUUUGUUCUCUAUUACAUGAAUAUGAGACUUCCAGGACAGUGUUUUGUCUAAGAGUAGUCCCGAAAAUUUUAUUGUAUUUUCUCUCUAAUGUUAAUGCCGGUUAUUUAUAUGGUUUAGAAAAAAUAGUGUAUUUUGUUUUUUUAACGGAAUUUAAACCACUCUUCUACCUUUCCUAGUUCAUGGUUAAAAAUAGUAAAAAGAAUUUUUAUGUGAUUGGGGGAAUAAAAUAGGUUGCUAUCAUCAGCAAAUAAAAUAAAAUUAAGUGUUUUGGAAAAAGAGCGAAAUCAGUAAUAUAAAGCAGAAAAAGUAGUGGCCAAAAAAUAGAACCUUGAGUUACACCACACUUUACAAGUUUCAAGUGAGUAAAUUCAUUUCUAAACGAAACACUUUGCUUCCUGUUUGUUACGUAAUCCCUGAAUACUGAAACUCUUGUAGACGGGCAGUACAUGGACACAGAAGGUUACCUUGUAACUGGCGUCCACGUGUGUUGCAUAGGCUGUAACUUCAGGUAAGCUUGUGACAUUCUAUGUGACAGGAAUCGAUGUGCAAGACACAUUGUGACAUACAGCGCAUCAGCUGUCAAUGAAGCUGACUUUGUGACUGUGUGUUACAAUAUGGGGCGCACUGAGCGUCAGCUAUGACUGUUAAUAAUCUUGUAACGAUUGUGAAUCAUGUUAACUGCAGCUAUACAUGUUACUGCAGAGGUCCAUGAGUUUUUCUGCCUCAUUUAUUUGUCAUAUUAAAAUUUUUUUUGAAAUGUACCCGAAGGUAAAUUUGUCAUUGACAUAUUUUUAAAUUUCCAUUUAACAACGAAUCACAGCUAACUGUAGUAAAAAUUAUGAAGAUAUUGUAAAGUACACUUUUUAAUUUGCAAUUUCGAAAAUAAGUAACAGUAUUUCAGUAACGUAUAUUGAAAAUAAUAUUGGCGUAGCGCAUUAUUCAUGAUCAUUUAGAAAACAUAUGGCAAUAAAAAAUACAAAGUACGUUGUUCAAAAAUUUUUAUUGUAAUUAACUACAACUUUGUUUUAAUAAAUACCACAUAUUAUCUUCUUUUAAUAAAUACAACAUCACUACUUUUUUGAUUUCUUUUUUUUAAAUUUUUUAGUGGGAGGAGUGGGAGAAAGCUCCUGAUCGGAAGUGCUGUAACAACCCUCCACAGUAAAAUCAUCCUCUUGGGACUCGUGGUUGCCUUUAUUACCAGCAGAGGAUGUUCUACAGUCUUCUAAUUCUAUGGUAUGAAACACUAUCAGAAUAACCAUUGUAAAAUGAUUUUUCUAACAAGGUGUCUAUAAUCCGGAGAAUUAGAACAGGAAGCAAACUGCAAACAAAGUCCCUCAAGAUAAUUAUCUGUAGUUGGGUUGUCAUAAAAUCUUCGGAAUUCGGAAAUACAUUGUAACAAUUUGCUUUUACCCAUUGAGGAUGCGUAAAAGCAAACCUUGCUACACUGUAAUUGGUGCUUAGACUAUACAGACAAGCACCCAGCCUCCCCAAAACCUUAGCGUAUCCACCACAUAUGCAUCUUUUGUAGUAAAAAAUUCUCCUAACUGUUGUAUAGCAUCACGGAUAUCUAUUUUGGCACUUUUAUGCUUCGAGUCAACCGUCUUCAAUGCAUCUUCAACACUUUCCAAAUAACGCACAAAGGUUAAUAUGUCAUAAUCGGUGACGCUGUGGGAGCUUGUAGGUUCUCUGCUCUUGCGUCUUGUUCCUUGUCACAGUACCGCAUUGUGUUACAAUUGCUGACGCACUGAGCGUUAGCUGUGACUGUAGGAAAACUUGUGACUGGGGCAAGCUGUACUUGUGGUUUUCUCUGCUUUGUAUUAGAGCAAUGGGCGUAUGGAGCAGUGGGCGUUUAAAGUGACAAACAUAUUGGGUGUUCGGUGAUACGCGGUGGGUGGUAAUUGGUACUUCUGAUGAUCCUUGCACAUGGUUUGUAAUAUGUAAUAUAAUCUACAAACAUGGCCCAGCUUUCGAUCGUAUACAGAAUUUAAGUUGCUGUAACUUUUUUUUAGAAAAACUUACCAAAGUAAAAAAUGUUUGGUAGCGUAUAAAGAAUUUAAAAAUAUAACCAUUGUUUUUACUUUUAUUUUUUAUAAGGUUUCCUGCCAGGUGAUGUGCCAAACUUAAAUAAAAACUUUUCGCAUUAACAUGGAAACAAGCCCAAAGAUAAGUAAGAUGCACUGGUUAUGGUUCUUAAGUAAAAUGCGUCAGAAUAGUUAGUGUAUAUAUAUCAGACGACAAACUGUUCGUUACUGGAAACAAGACGUCAUUCCUGCACUUUUAUUACUUUGCAAACUCCUAAAUGCAGUUCGAAGUUUUUGAUGAGUCAAGUCAGAUUCCUUCAGAACAGAGCCAUACUGUUUUAAAUAAGAAUCAAAUGAUUUAUUCCUUUCAGGAAUUUUAUUCGCCAGAUUUGUACCAACAUUUACGAAGGAAUCAUUUAUGUUCGAUAAAUAGUAUUUUUGUUGUAAGAAAUAAUCUUAUCUAUUAUUAGUUUCUAUGGCAAUUUAGUUUGUGUUAUUUUACAUUUGCCAAUGAUUUCUUUCAUCACAUUUCAGGUCUUUUUUGCAUUUCCAUUAGCUAGUUGUAUUUAAUUUUGAUUAGUUUUUCUUAAAUAAAUGCUUUAUUUUUUAGAAAAGAUUUUUAUAUCUUUUGUACUUUUUUUCGUUUUGGUGGGUCUAUUAAAAAACUUUUCCUAAAUCUUUUGUUUUUUCUUGGAAGAUUUCAGUAGACCCUUGCUCAUUAAUGGACUUCACAAUGUUUCUGUUUUAAUAUUAAACUUUCUUCUGGGAAAUGCAGCGUUAUACUCUCUUGUAAAAGGUUUUAAAAAUAAAUUAUAUGAGUCAUUUGGUUUUUUGGUUUCCUUUAUGAGUUCCCAGUUUGCCCCUAGCAAGAGUUGUCGAAAUUUGGCUAUAGAGGGUUCAUCGAACACUCGUUUGUGAAUAGUUGUUGUGGUAGAGUGGGUAGAUGUAUCAGUGCCGUCAGAUAUUAAAAAAGUCGGAAAAUGGUCAGUUAUGUCAGUUUCUAUUAUCACAGUUUCCAUGUCAACACCGUCAUAGAAAUUGUUAGUAUUAUGUGGUCAAUUGACGUUGCAGAAGUUUUAGUAAUUCUGGUUGGUUUAUUAAUGGUAAGAAUUAGAUUGUUUUGCAGAGGCGUGAUAAACCAUUUACCCUUAUUGUAUAUUGGAUAAUCAAACAGGUUAAGGUUUAAGUCACCUGCUAUGUAAAUAUGUUUGUUUAAAUGAUUUAUUUUUAUGUGUUAUUUGAAAUGAUCUUAAAGAUCAAAAUUAGUGGCUGGUAAUCUAUACUGGUAAUCUAUACUUGGUGGUAAUUAGUAUAUUUUUAGUAGGUUUGUUAAGAAUUUCUAUUGUUAAGCAGUCGCAGUUUGUAUGGUUUAUACUCAGUGCUGUGUAAUGAAUAAUAAGUGAGUUAUGAAUAAAGACACACACGCCACCACCAGAAGGAUCACCGGAAUAACAAGUUUAAGGUAUAGAAGUAUAAUAAGGAAUUGUAAAAUUCGCAUCACAUGAUGCAUUUUCGCACCACGUUCAGUGACACAAAUAAUUUGAAAAGAAAAUUUUAGCUCAUGUAACAUAGAUUUCAGAUUAUUAAAGUUCACUGGAGAAGUCCUCAUUAACAUAAAUGUUUGUGCCUUUCAAUUUCCUUCCCUGUGCUAAAAUUUUCUCAUUGUCUUUGCAGUUUAAAAGCUUUAAAACAAUCAUUCUUGGUUUAUCUUCCCGAGCCAUUCCAGUCCUAUGUGCUCUUUCUAUAUGUUUUUCUCGUACAUCCAUUCUAUUGCAAAAAAGACUUCGCACCUUUUCCUCCACAUCCUUCUAAGACGUAUUUGCACUCUCUUGAAGUCUGUCAAUUCGUAAAUAAUUUUUAUACGUCUGUUACCAAAUCAUGAAAAACCUGCUAAAAUGUAGUUUUUGGUGUUAUGUAUGAUCAGUUCCAAAAAUAGUGUGACAUUUUUUUUCUUAAAAAAGGUCAAAAAAUUGAAAAUGUGCAUAAAAUUGACUUACUUGGUUAUUUUAGCCUAAAAUUUUUAUCACUGGUAGAAAUAGCCUAUUUAAAUUGGUGUAUGGCUUAAAAAUUGCGAUUAGAGGUGCUAUUUUUUGACUUACUACAGAAAAUGACUAGGUAUAGUUAAAGUAAGUCAAAAACAUUCACAUUACAUAUUUCUUUAAAAUAUUCAUGGAAACUUAAACCUUAUACCUUGAGAUAUGUGCAAAUCUAUAAAGGUGACCAAAUUUUUGGAGGGAAUUGUGCUUUUUCUUGACUUUUCAACAAUUAUUCAACACCCUAAAAAUUAAAAUACGUGCAUAAAAUUGACUUACCUGGUUAUUUUAGUUUAAAAUUUUUAUCACAGAUAGAAGCAGCCUAUACAAAUUGAUUGAGAAGUUUGAAAGUUGUAAUAGAGGUUCUAUUUUUUGACUUACCACAGAAAAUAACUAGGUAAAUAACUAGGUAGAAGUCAAAUAAAGUCACUUGUAUCUUUAAAACAUUGUGUGAUAGCCUUAAUAGUAGACAAAGUAAGAAGUGUGCAAGAAAAAAUAUAACCAACCUAUCAAGUAUUUUGUCUGCUAUGGAAAAUAAAAAGUAAGUCAUAUUUUGACACAUAUAACCUUAAAAGUGAGUCAAAAAUGAUCACUCACUAUUCACUUUAACCUGUCCAGGAUAAAAUGACAGAAUUUUUCCCUUAAAAAAACUAAAGUAACAUCUUAUAAUUGCCCAUUCUAGCACAGCUAUGUGGUAAGUCAAAUCCAAAAGUAAGUCAAAAAAAGUCACUUGCAUUACCUAUGCAUAAAAUGAAGUAGAGUAAGUCAAUUUUUAUUGUUCCUUCACGGCCUUAUAGCUAAAGGACGUGUCCUAAGUUUAACACCAACCAAAGUUUGGUAAGUCAAAAAUUGUCACUUCCAGCCUACUUUAAAGGUUCCCUCCGACGUUUUAAUGAUGCUACCUAAUUUAGUUCUAUUCAUAUAAAUAUUUAAGAAAAUAACAUUCGUUUUUACAGAAAAGUUUAGGACAGCAAAUAAUUGUAAAUAAACUUUCAAAUUUUGAGCUACCUCACUUCAUGCGGCUUUAUCAUGCUCACGCUUCUUCUCGAACUUUAAAAUUCAUAAUGGCUGCAUAAUUGACGUCACAAGGACCAAAGAAUUAUAGGAUGCCUUACGGUGAUAUAUUCUACUGACUAAUUCGUGUUUGGAAUGCCUUGUUGAUAUGUUUCGAAGUAUUAAAUAUUUAUGAGAUAUAGAUGAUUCAUUAAAUAAAUAAUAUGUACAAAUUACAUAAAAUAAAAAGCAAAACAAAAUUAUGCCAUUCGUGAGUAUUUAAUUGAGUUUUCAACAAUUUCCUCUCUACAGGGUCUUUCGGCAGGGGUAAUGAAGGCUCGUUUUCUCUGCGAAUGGCAAUCCUUCUCUCUGUAUACUGCACGGAAAUAUGCACCUAAGGCAAUGUCACACAAGAAAGAAUACAUUUUAUCCUUUUUCACCUUCUUUGCUACAAAGCGCUUUGAAUAUCUGUGCCAAGACACCUUAAACUUGGGAACAAAAGAUCCUUCACUUUUCUUUAUCUUCUUCGCCUGUUAAAAAUCAUUUUAUAAUGUAAUUUAACGCUAUCUUUACCUGAUUACGGUUGAUGUUAAGAUUAUGGUCUAGGGCAGCUAAUUUCAUCCCUGUAUUCAUUUUUUCCUGUUCGUAAAAAACACUUUUAGGAAGGUACCGGAUUUUAAAGGCGUGAAAAACCUACAAAAUCAAAUAAAAUUCGUUAGAUGACAUUUUAAUUAGCAUUGUGAGAUCUGUACCUCCAAACAAGUAGUGAAGAUAUUUUCAUUCAGCUUCAUAAAGUACUUAGGCAGCUGUUUGUCGUCGAAAAUGACACUUUUUAAAGCCUUGUGUGCUGGAGAAUCAAAUUUCAACCACGCAGUAUCAUUAAUUUCUCCGUGUUCGCAAGCUUUAUAUAAUGUAUUUCCGGGAAACGUGUGACGAUUGACACAGUCAUGCAUACAAGAGAGGAAUCUUUCCUUAAGCUCCAAAGCAUUACCCUUACACGUACUAAUUGACCAGUAUAAAUGGUUGUACUCGAAGGUAUCCAUUGUCCUAGAUCUUGACAUGCUAUAAUUGUAGAACACAAGAGUAAAUAUAAAAACAUUCAAAUUAUUACUUUCAAGAACAUAACCUACAUUUUUUUUUCACCAACUUUACUAAUUUCUUUGAUAUGUUCUUAGCCAAAUGCCAGGGAUCAAACUGAUGGAUUAAGUGCUUGAAUCUGUCAUCCGUCUGCAUCAAUUUCUUUAUUUGAAUAUGAUGAUCGGUUUAGAUCAUCUCAAUCGACUGAUCAAAACAGUGCCCUUCAAAAUGAUUUUCGCAUAGAAAAACUAGCUGAGGAAGAUCUUCCCGCUUUAUUUUUGCUUUCCAUUCUGCAGCAAGCUUUUUAUCCUUUGGCAGCUUAAAAAAAGAUAAGUUUUGAUUUUGAUUGAUUACAUCCUACUGAUGCACACCAAACCAUGUUUAGAAUAUGAAAAAGAAAAUAUUUUUAAAGCUAAUUAGAAUUGUGAUAUCGGAACAACUUCAUGUCGUUUUCAUGCUGCAAGACGGUCUGUGGUUUUGUCUCUUGUGACGUCAGGAGGUAUGCUGAUGUUUUUUUCAAGAUUUUGAAGCGUUUUUUUAAUGCUGCAAUAAUGGCGGUCGAAGCACAAGGUUUUAUGAAAACAUGGAAUAAGUAAAUCGUGUUUAUGCUUCUAUUUUGUAAGUUAAUCAUUAAAUAAUACUUUUUUCUAUAAUGUUUUAAUGGUUUCUUUCGAUUAAGAUAAACUUGUUAUAAUGUCGGAGGCAACCUUUAAAGUCAGAAAUUGAAAAUGUCACAAAAGCCUUCUUUAUUUUUGGAAGUGAUCGUAUAUAACAUGUUUACAGAGUACAGAAUUUGUGUUUUUGUAACAUUUCUAAAGUUUGGAAUUUUUUUUCAAAAAGUGACAUUUUAGCAAAAAAAUUUAUGUUAAUAAAUACACCUUUAUAACAUAAAUGCAAAUCUCUUACACCACAUGACAUUUUAAUUAGCAUUGUGAGAUCUGUACCUCCAAACAAGUAGUGAAGAUAUUUUCAUUCAGCUUCAUAAAGUACUUAGGCAGCUGUUUGUCGUCGAAAAUGACACUUUUUAAAGCCUUGUGUGCUGGAGAAUCAAAUUUCAACCACGCAGUAUCAUUAAUUUCUCCGUGUUCGCAAGCUUUAUAUAAUGUAUUUCCGGGAAACGUGUGACGAUUGACACAGUCAUGCAUACAAGAGAGGAAUCUUUCCUUAAGCUCCAAAGCAUUACCCUUACACGUACUAAUUGACCAGUAUAAAUGGUUGUACUCGAAGGUAUCCAUUGUCCUAGAUCUUGACAUGCUAUAAUUGUAGAACACAAGAGUAAAUAUAAAAACAUUCAAAUUAUUACUUUCAAGAACAUAACCUACAUUUUUUCUUCACCAACUUUACUAAUUUCUUUGAUAUGUUCUUAGCCAAAUGCCAGGGAUCAAACUGAUGGAUUAAGUGCUUGAAUCUGUCAUCCGUCUGCAUCAAUUUCUUUAUUUGAAUAUGAUGAUCGGUUUAGAUCAUCUCAAUCGACUGAUCAAAACAGUGCCCUUCAAAAUGAUUUUCGCAUAGAAAAACUAGCUGAGGAAGAUCUUCCCGCUUUAUUUUUGCUUUCCAUUCUGCAGCAAGCUUUUUAUCCUUUGGCAGCUUAAAAAAAGAUAAGUUUUGAUUUUGAUUGAUUACAUCCUACUGAUGCACACCAAACCAUGUUUAGAAUAUGAAAAAGAAAAUAUUUUUAAAGCUAAUUAGAAUUGUGAUAUCGGAACAACUUCAUGUCGUUUUCAUGCUGCAAGACGGUCUGUGGUUUUGUCUCUUGUGACGUCAGGAGGUAUGCUGAUGUUUUUUUCAAGAUUUUGAAGCGUUUUUUUAAUGCUGCAAUAAUGGCGGUCGAAGCACAAGGUUUUAUGAAAACAUGGAAUAAGUAAAUCGUGUUUAUGCUUCUAUUUUGUAAGUUAAUCAUUAAAUAAUACUUUUUUCUAUAAUGUUUUAAUGGUUUCUUUCGAUUAAGAUAAACUUGUUAUAAUGUCGGAGGCAACCUUUAAAGUCAGAAAUUGAAAAUGUCACAAAAGCCUUCUUUAUUUUUGGAAGUGAUCGUAUAUAACAUGUUUACAGAGUACAGAAUUUGUGUUUUUGUAACAUUUCUAAAGUUUGGAAUUUUUUUUCAAAAAGUGACAUUUUAGCAAAAAAAUUUAUGUUAAUAAAUACACCUUUAUAACAUAAAUGCAAAUCUCUUACACCACAGUAGUUUUGAGCACUUCUAAAAGUUGGCAGAACCAUCAACUCCACAACACUGAUAUUGAAUAUACCUGAGGUACUUGUCUGUUGUUUUUAGUUAUAUUUAAGUUUACCUUAUUUGUAUUAAUUUAAGACGUUCUUUUUGUCCUUAAUACACAUAAACUUUUCCUCGCCAUUAGCUUGAUUCGUUUUGUAGCUCCUAAAGGGACUAAAAAGUUAAACAAAGCACAAAAAACAGUAAAGAUAGAUUAAAGAAAAAAGUCUAAAAUCUGUGUUUCUUUAGACUGAGAUUUUAAUGAAAUAGUGCAAGUUUUUUAAAUUUUCCUGUUAAAUGAAAGAAAUUUAAAUUUGGUGUGACCUUGGCAUACGAAAAAACAGUUCAGUUAACUUAAAUACAGUUUAACCUUACGAUCAUUGUCCUACUUGUAUUAAUUGUUUGAAACAGUGUCUCUCACCUGUUUUCUCUUCAGCACUGGGAAAUUGAUUGGAUUUUCGCAGGCAAGCGAAACUUUUGCUGAACUUAUUUAUCUUAUCGAGAUGACUGAAACCUUUUUUAAAACAUAUUUAUACAAUCUUAUGUUAAAUGUGAAACUUAUUGCCACAUUUUUAAUAUUAUAUAAGGAAAACAAUAACAUGAGUAAGUUAUUUCUUUGCAUUAAUACAUGCAUUAUUUUAAAAAAAUUCUGGAAAGGCAUAUGCACUAAGAAAUCUUCUUUGCCCGUUUUCCCCAAUAAACAACACUAUUUCGUUGUUGACUUUCCUAUAAGGAAAGAUAUAGAAAAGUCUGUUGCUAGAUGCAAAAAGGUAUUAAAAAUAGAUUCAACAUUAUUUUAACUUUGAUAACUUGUCAAAAAACAACUUUUAGGUUUUUGCUCAUAAACACACUAUACCCUUGAACGAUUGCCUUGAGUUUGAUAGAUAAUAUCUAAUAUGAUGCAACGGACAUCACCUUAGGUUAAUACAGAAGAAACAUGACACAUUCCAUCUCAUUUUUUUUUUUUUUUUUUACUGUUUUUCCCAUGCUAAAAAAUUAUAAACAGGAAGUGCUAGGAGAUACUGAUUAUAGUUGGUGGUUUUAAACAUUUCUUGAAUGAUAACCCAUUACAACAUAAAAAUAAUGACCUGCAACUAAAAACUACUUAUUACACAGUAUAUUUUCUGAGUUUGUCAAAUUAACAUAAUCAAUCACCAUUUAUUAUUUUAAUGUGAAUUAUAUUUCUGGUUUGUUAAAUUUUGAAAUUUAAUGUUACAAUAUAUUUGGAAAAAAUAGCCCUAGACCUCUUUGAAUUUUCAAAUCUUAUACCAAUGUUAAAAAGAAAAGCAUGUCAAAUUCAGCAAAAUGUAUCACACAAAAGUCAAAUGUUUUCAGACCUCUCGAAUUCGAUUUUUAAAAAGUCAGACUGGUUCAAAUUUUGUUAAUGUUUUAAACUGCAAUUAUUUGUAAAUCGAAUGUGCUAUUUGUUGAGCUAAAAACAAACUGGGUAGGAUACACUUCUUAAAAAAAGAAAAAGCAGAUGAAUCUUUUAUAAGCAGAUGGAUGCAGAAAGAUGCUCUUUGGAAAAAUAUAUUUGAGAAAAAUCAAGAAGUUUUCCGUAAGAAUAAAAUACAAAUCUUCAGCUAUUAUAUCGUAUAAUCUAAAGAUAGGAUUGCAUAUGCUAAAAAUAUUAGCUAGAGAGGUAAAAAAUGGCAGAAGCGAGAAGAAGGCUAUAAUAACCUUAUCACCAACCCCCAAACCUAUAUAAAAGGUUAGCAUUGAAGAUGAUGAGGAGUUGUUUUAUAUGUGUCGUACGUUGUAACUGUCGUGUUGUUUUAGUUUAUGUUAUAGUUUUCAUGUCGCUAUCAAGAAAUGUAUUCCACAAUUUAGGUCCUCUGCUAGUUAUAGAGAACUUUGUGAUUGUAUAAUUAAUCCUAGGUUGAAAAAAACUGUUAAUUGGAAAUCUGGAUGGAUAUUUAUGUUGUAUCUUCUGAAGCUUAUUAUUAAAUACUCUUGGUAAUAUAUUGUUUUCAAGCUUAAACAUAAAAAUAAGAGUUUGAUAAAUGUUUAGUUGGUAUACAUUUGUUACAAUGAGAUACUUCAUCAGAAACUGUACAUAACGUGAGUGAAAGCUGUCAAAUAGCACAGUAAUAUAACAACAGGACGCUAAUCGCUUGAACGAACUCGUUAGCAUCAUUCGGUACGUUGUAAAUAGUAUAUGAUAGAUUAGAUUUAGUUAGAUAUAGAACGAGCUAUACCGCGAACUGCUAGGUCGAGCCUUCCGGCUCGGCCCAUGUCAGCAGUGAGUGGUACGCUCUGGAGGCACUGCGUAGUUAUUUUGGAAAGAACAGGGAUUUGUCGCAAUAAAUAUGGUGUUUUUUCUGUAUCUAUAAUCAUAUGUAACAACAAAAAAAGCACCUUUAACAUUGGAGGCACUGCCCGGAUACGUUAAUUGGUUUAGGUCUGUAUAGACUAAUGAUAACCAGCCGGAAUCUCCUGUUAUGAAUUGCUGAAGCUGAAAGACGAAAUUUUGAUGGUGGCAGCUAAUGCUAAAAAAAAGAAAUAAUGAUGCGAUAAUAUAUGACUUUGUCGACCUUCACUGAUCGUUAAGAAACACGUUUUGGGUAAUAUUGAAUAGUUAAUACUUUUCGCCGUUCCGAGGCAGAUAUCGGAGAAUUAGCCGUCCCGAGGCAGAUAUCGGAGAUUUAGCCGUCCCGAGGCAGAUAUCGGAGAAUUAGCCGUCCCGAGGCAGAUAUCGGAGAAUUAGCCGUCCCGAGGCAGAUAUCGGAGAACCAAUUAACUAUCCUAUAGUGCUCAGAAGUUAUUUACUUGAUGUUCAGUGAUAACAAUGACAAGAUACAAAUAUUAUUGAAACGUUUCUUUGAUAUGAGGCUGGAAUUAAAAUCGUGAUGACAGAAAAGCUGAUGAUAAACGACAUUGAAACAUUUUCGUUUAAGAGAAAAAAAUGAAGCCGUGAUACAUAAGGAUAUGAACCCGUAAUGUGGUUAAAGAGAAAAAGAAUGUUGUACAUAGACUUCAGAUUUUGCGUGACGUAAAUGUUUUUUAUUGGAGUCUGGGGACAGACUCUUGUGACAGAGAGGGUAAUGUUACAAUGAGAUACUUCAUCAGAAACUUGACAUAACGUGAGUGAAAGCUGUCAAAUAGCACAGUAAUAUAACAACAGGACGCUAAUCGCUUGAACGAACUCGUUAGCAUCAUUCGGUAUGUUGUAAAUAGUAUAUGAUAGAUUAGAUUUAGUUAGAUAUAGAACGAGCUAUACCGCGAACUGCUAGGUCGAGCCUUCCGGCUCGGCCCAUGUCAGCAGUGAGUGGUACGCUCUGGAGGCACUGCGUAGUUAUUUUGGAAAGAACAGGGAUUUGUCGCAAUAAA